AGUCCAUGUAGAAUUAACAAAGAUGCCAAUGUUUAGCAAUUCACAAUUCUGUCUGCUGCCCUUCAAUCAGUCUCUCCUGUCCUUCUCUCACGUGCCAUUCGCACCAGCGCAGGCAACUCCCUCCACCGGCUAACCGACACAGCCGGCGCCCGACUUCCUCCCCUUUAAAAUAACAUUGUACAGACGGAACCAUCGACAAAUUCAGAUGGUUACAAACUCGGAUAAGCUCCUCCUGCUUCCACGUGUCUCCAUUGCCUCACACCCCCUCCCUCCUAUCUUUAUUCCUCUCCCCCUUCCCCAGAACCGAAUCAAUCCUCCCUCCCUACUGAGAGCAAAUCCAUGGCUGCGCUGCAGAAAUUCAAGCUACUGGCCACAAAAUGCGCCUCCGCUCGAAGCCCCUCUAGAACCCCUCCCUCCGCAGCCGCCUCCGCCGCCGCCGCUGGGUUUCGGCUCCGCCGGCGUAAAACCCUAGGGAUGCUGCUCGGCCGCCGGAAAAGCUUCUCGGGAUCAGAUCCGUCUAAUCGGUCCGGGAAGAAGGGGACGCUGCGCGAUCUAUUCAUUUCUUCUCCGCCCUUAACGCCGGAGAGAUGCGAAGCCGGAGGUGGCAAUGGAGUCGGGUGCGGCGGAGAAAUCGGUGGCGCGGUGAGGUGCGAUGUUGAGGCGGGUGGAGGAUGGAGGAGAGUGAGCCUGGAUUUAAUCACCGGCGGUGGGCGGCGG